AUGGCACGACAGUCGCUGCAGCUCGAGCUCGCCGAGCGGCCGACGGGCGCGAUCGUACCCGGCAGGACGUUCCGGCAGCGGCGGGUGCCGGCGCCGACCGAGGCGGACCUGCGGGAGGGCGAGCUGCUGCUCGAGUGCCUGUACGUGUCCUUCGACCCGGCCAUGCGCGGCUGGCUCGACGACCGGCGCUCGUACGUGCCGCCCGUGCGGAUCGGCGAGGUCAUGCGCGCCGCCACCAUCGCGCGCGUGCUCGCCUCCCGCUCGGCCCGCGCCCGCCCGGGAGACAUCGUCACGGCCCUGAUGGGCAUCCGCGAGGUCGGCAUCGUGUCCGAGGACAAGGUCGAGCCCGCGCCCCCCGGGUUCGCCCGCGCCGGUGCCGGCGCCAGGGUGACGGACCUGCUGGGCGUCUUCGGCCUGACCGGCAUGACGGCCUACUUUGGCAUGCUCCGCAUCGGCGAGCCCAAGCCCGGCGAGACGGUGGUCGUCUCGGCUGCCGCGGGCGCCACCGGCAGCGUGGCCGCCCAGAUCGCAAAGAUUGCCGGCGCCCGCGUCGUCGGCAUCGCCGGCAGCGACGAGAAGUGCAGGUGGCUCACCGAGGAGCUCGGCCUGGACGUUGCCCUUAACUACAAGGACCCGGACUUCAAGGCCAAGUUCAAGAAGGCCACCCCCAACUUCAUCGACGUCUUCUUUGACAACGUCGGAGGCGAGCAACUCGAUAUGGCGCUUGGCCGGGCCAACGCGUUUGCCCGCUUCGUCAUGUGCGGCGGCAUCUCUCAGUACAACGCGGAGAACAAGUCGGGGCCGAAAAAUUUUAACAGCGUCAUCAGCCAGAGGAUCAAAAUGCAGGGCUUCAUCGUGUUCGACUUUGCCAAGGAGUACCCUGCGGCGCGGGAGCAGAUCGGCCGGUGGCUCGCCGAGGGCAAGCUCAAGAGGAGGGAGACCAUCAUCAAGGGCGGCGUCGCAGCGUCCGAAGAGGCGUUCAAGCAGCUAUUCGAGGGCGGAAACAUCGGGAAACUCUUGGUCGAGGUCAAGAACCCGGAUGAGGUGGCACGGCUGUGA